AUGAGCAAUGUCAAUUUCCAAUUGUGGGUUUUGUCUGCUUUGGUUUCACUUUCAGUAACUGUUGGUUCUGGCUUGUUGGAUGGAGAUGGUAGAAAUACAGGUACACCUGUGGAAUGCAGUGAUAAUCAGUCCGUGUUUCUGGGUGAAUUGGAAUUUGUCUUUUUGGGAGAUUCUGACUUUUUGGUGGAUUUAGAGCGAAAGAUUUUUUCGGAAUUGUUUGUCAAAGUCUACAAUGGCUUGACGGAACGCUCUUGCGAUUCGUACUUUCGGAGAAUUCAACAAUUGGACUUUCUUCAAAUGACCAAUAGACCGUUCGGCCAGACUGUCACUGCUCAAGAUAUGGGGUUGUUGGAUCUCAUUGAAGAUCAGCUACCCAUUCCACCUGAUCCACCUCAAAGACCUGAAAACAAUGACAAUGACCAAAACAAUGCCAACCAAAACAAUGACAAUGACAAUCUACCACCACCACCACCACCACUCCCCAGAUCAUCUACCAUGACCAUGAUCAGACAAUCAAGCAAUGUCAACUCAUCAGACACGACAGAAGGAGUUGAUGUCACUUACAGUGUUGCAGGAACUUGCAGGGAUUGCCCUGUCACAAGAACUGGAUCAUUUUCCCUAUUUGAUGAUGCAUUUAGGUUCAGAUUCAGAAGAAUGCUUCAAGCACACACAAGUCAAAAUCUUACCUCUACCAAUACUACCAAUACUACCAGUAGUAUUAAUAGUUCUGUACAACUACACCUACAAGAACUACAAGAACUACAUGUACAAUCCAUCACUUUCAGGAACCUACAAGUCAUACAAAACCAAAAGCAGAACCAAGACAAAUCGGAUUGCACUUGUCAACCAGGCUUUUUGCCAGAAAGACCCGAACCUCCACAAAUACCAAAAUUGGUACAAAACAUCAAUCAGGCCAUUGAACAGGCAAGGAGCAUGGGAGAACCAAUCUUCAACGACUCAAGGCUACAACUUAUCAGACAGUUAGAUGACUUGACUGACAUCAUCACCGACAAUACCAACGACAACGACAGUACUAAUCCAAACUACGAAACCUCUGAACUGGGGCACCUGUACGAUGAUCAGCAAACGCAAGCCAAAACAAGCCAUGCAUACGACAAUCACGACGACAUGACACCGCCAUUACCAGGGAACAGACAGCUCCGGAAAACGGACACCCAAUCCACAAUCAGAAAAACAGACGAAUCGUCAUCGGCAGCAUCAAAAAACAAAGGAUACAUUGCCAUUCUUGCUCUUGCUCUUGUCGGGGGGCAGAUGCUUUGCUGCCUGCUGAAUUGGUAG